AUGGCAGACGAACAAGUGAAGGCGCAAUUGCUGGCAAGACGGAAGACGCUGAUUGAUUCUUUGGGUCGGGCAGAGGCCUUUCUAGCUGAGUAUGACAUCUCACGUGAUCAGAACCAAGUUCAAUUGAGACUUUCGCACCUGGAUAAUGUAUGGGCCAAUUUAGAUCAGGUGCAAUUGAGUAUAGAGGACAUGGAAACUUCGAAAGAAGGUAGGGCGCUGCAUGAUGAGGUUCGCGCUAUGUACGAGCCUCGUUUAUUCACAAUAAAAGCAAACCUGUUAACCAAGCUAACCCCCCUUAUUGAUAAUGCACGUUCCCUCCAAACCCCGCAUGCAAACUCCACUCUCUCGGGCAUAAAAUUGCCAACAAUCGCUCUUCCUGAAUUUGACGGCAAUUAUAAUGAUUGGCUCACUUUUCACGACACGUUUCUUGCGCUAAUUCACAAUAAUGUGGAUGUACCGGCCAUUCAAAAGUUCCAUUAUUUAAGAGCCGCUGUGAAAGGAGAAGCGGCUCAAACCAUUGAAUCGAUAUCGAUUAGUUCCGCCAACUAUGCUGUGGCUUGGGAAUGCUUAGUGAACCGCUACGCCAAUGAAUAUUUGCUGAAGAAACGGCACCUGCAAGGACUUUUUAACAUUCCAUCUAUGAAAAGGGAGAAUGCGUCCACCCUCCACGGAUUAGUGGACGAGUUUGAACGGCACAUAAAGAUCCUGAAGCAGCUUGGAGAACCGACUGAACAGUGGGGCUCCAUAUUAGAACAUUUAUUAUGCACUCGAUUGCACGACGAUACCCUUAAGGCUUGGGAGGACCAUGCAUCUACGGUCAAUGAUCCGAACUACCGUUGUUUAAUUGAGUUUUUGCAGCGGCGUAUACGUGUGUUGGAGUCAAUUUCCGUGAAUAAUGAUUCUAAUUCCGCGCAUUCAGCUGGACCCAGUUACACGUCAAGGAAGCCACAUCAGUAUUCUUUUCCCACGUAUGCCUCGACAACCGGUAGCGCCGAAAACUGCCCAGUUUGCCACCAGCAGCAUCCGUUGUACAAAUGUCCUAAAUUUAACGAAUUAUCAGUAUUGGAGCGACAGGAGAUUGUGAACUCGAAAAGACUGUGUCAUAAUUGUUUGAAGAGUAGCCAUUUCGCCCGUCAAUGCAUGUCUAAUUCCGUUUGUAAGCGCUGCAAUCGCAAGCAUCAUACACUGCUUCACCCUGGUAGGACCAAUUUCACCCAAAAUGUUUCUAAUGCCAGUUUAAGCUCUAGUUCGGGACCAUCGGCUGGUUUGAAUAUGGAGAAUAAUAAUGCUACUACAACUGAAUCAUCGCUACAAAUGUCAAUUGCGGCCACCAGAGGUAUUCAUGGUAGUGAAGUCAACAGGGCACCACAGCCGCAUUCUGAAAAUGUAUUUUUGUUAACGGCGGUGGUGCAAAUUAUCGAUUCGAACGGUCAGCCGCAUCUCGCUCGUGCUCUUCUUGAUAGUGCCUCGCAACCAAAUCUAAUUACGGACCGGUUAGCUCAUUUGCUCCAUCUGAAACGAAACCGCACAAAUGUCACUAUUCUGGGGGCCGGCCAGCUGUCAAAGCAAGUAAAGGAAUCAGUUGUGGCACAGGUUAAAUCUCGCAAAAUGAACUUUUGUUGCACCGCAGAAUUUUUAAUAAUGGACAAAGUUACAGCCAACCUUCCCGCUCAAAAUGUUUCAGUUUCGGGGUGGAAAAUCCCUCAAGAGCUUUUUCUUGCAGACCCCUGCUUUAACAAAACUCAGACUGUUGAUAUGGUAUUAGGCGCGAAGCACUUUUAUUCAUUUUUUCCUAGUUCAACAAGGAUCCAAUUGGAAGGACAGCUUCCACUAUUGGUUGAUAGUGUAUUCGGGUGGAUAGUCACAGGAUCGGCUAAUUCGGUGCCACUUUCGCAAAAUUUAGCUUCGGUAUACACUUGCAAUGUGGUCUCCAUGCUUUCACUGGAGGACAGUCUAGAACGCUUUUGGCAAACGGAAGAAAUAAUGGUCAAAGAUAACUACUCAAUCGAAGAAAGACAGUGUGAGUCCCAUUACCAGUCUGCUACCGUUAGACAAGGAGAUGGAAGAUAUGUCGUUCGUUUACCACGUGCUCCAGAUUUCGACGUAAUGUUAGGAGAGUCUAAAACAAACACCAUGCAACGGUUUGUGCGUCUAGAGAAACGCCUAGAACGGAACCCUAAACUGAAACAGGAUUAUCAUGAAUUUAUUCAAGAGUAUUUAAAUCUGGGACAUAUGCGAUUGAUUGAGGUGGAGGAUAACGACGUGUCCAAAGCAUACUACCUUCCACAUCAUCCCGUGAUAAAGGAAGCAAGCACUACUACCAAAAUGCGAGUUGUUUUUGAUGGUUCAGCCAAGACAUCCACAGGUUACUCGCUGAAUGACGCUCUGCGUGUUGGUCCAGUUAUACAGGAUGACCUUUUUACGCAAAUCCUUCGUUUUCGUACUUAUCCUAUUGCACUAGUCAGUGACAUUGCCAAGAUGUACAGGCAAGUCCUAGUGCAUCAGGACGACAGGCCAAUGCAACGUAUUUUUUGGAGAUUUUCGUCCGCGGAGCCCAUUCGCAUUUAUGAGCUAUCUACUGUUACCUACGGUCUCGCUCCGUCAUCGUUUCUUGCAACACGAACAUUGCAACAGUUGGCAACGGAUGAAGGAAAUGCUUAUCCACUUGGGGGUCCGGCAUUGCGAAAUAACUUUUACGUUGACGAUUUUAUAGGAGGGGCCCAAACAAUAGAAGAAGCUAUACAGCUACGAACAGAACUCGCUGAUUUGCUGUCCAAGGGAGGUUUUAUUUUGCGAAAAUGGAGCUCCAACAAACUUGCGGUGCUUCAGGGAUUGGAUGAAACGCAGAUCGCUACAAAGUCCACUGUGCGCUUCAGCCCUAACGAAACGAUUAAGGCGCUUGGAAUUUGCUGGGAACCCGAAGCGGACUUGCUACGUUUUGAUUCGAAUGUCACCAGCCACGUGUGCUCUCCAACAAAACGGUCGAUUCUUUCAAACAUCGCCAAAUUAUACGAUCCGCUUGGCAUAAUCGCGCCCAUCGUCGUAAGAGCUAAAAUCCUCAUGCAAGAGUUAUGGCUAUUGUCUUGUAAAUGGGAUGAUCCAGUGCCAGAGACUAUACGGCAAAAGUGGGAAUCCUUUCAUUCAGAGCUUACUAACAUUUCAUCAUAUCGCGUGCCACGCUAUGCGUUUUUGUUAGAAUCCAAGGUGCAGCUUCAUACUUUUGCUGACGCUUCAGAAGCAGCUUAUGGAGCAUGUUCGUAUAUCCGAUGUGAGGAUAGCAAAGGAAACGUUAAGAUUCAAUUGCUGGCGUCCAAAUCUCGAGUAGCUCCCCUCAAGCGUCUUACCGUUCCCCGGUUGGAACUGUGCGCAGCAGUACUGGCUGCUCAUCUUCAUGAUCGUGUGAGAGGCGCUAUUGGUAUGAAUGUGGUUCAAUCGUAUUUCUGGUCCGAUUCCGCUGUUACGUUACAAUGGUUGCAGUCCCCUCCAAAUGUUUGGCAAACGUAUGUUGCACACCGAGUAGCUGAAAUACAACAUUUUACCAGUGGGUGCGUUUGGUAUCAUAUAGCGGGCAAAGAGAAUCCAGCUGACUUGGUGUCACGUGGAAUGUCUGUACCUGACUUUCUUGUUAAUGAUCUGUGGAAACAGGGCCCGCGGUGGUUGGUGUACCCUGAACAUGAUUGGCCAAUCUCUGAGCCCCCUUCAGUUCCUGAAAAUCUACUUGAAUGCAAAUCUAUUGCCAAAAUUUCAGCGUUCGUACAAGAAACACACAUGCAUCCGUGGUUCUUACGAUGGUCUUCGUACACAAAGAUGCUCCACGUCAUUGCCUAUUGCAUGCGCUUUGUUGCAAACAUUCGCGCUAAAACCAGAACACAGCCUCAGUCAAUGGCUAGCGCUAGCAGAGCUUUAUCUGUCGAGCAAACUCGCAAGGCAAGUUUAUUUUUAGUAAAGCUCGUGCAAAAGGAGGCAUUCGCCAAUGAAAUAAAAAUUCUAGAAAAGAAAGAAUCGUUACCAAAUGGAUCAAAAUUUCGACUUCUAAGUCCGUUCAUUGAUGAAGAGAGAGUGUUGAGAGUGGGGGGACGCUUGAACCUUUCGCAGUUGCCCUACCAAACCAAACAUCCUGUCCUACUCCCUGAUGCUCAUCCUUUCACACGUUUGCUAGCAGAACAUUAUCAUGUCAAAAUGCUUCAUGGCGGCGGGCGUCACUUACUAACUGCAAUACGUGAAGAAUAUUGGCCUUUACAAGGUCGUCGAUUGGCACGAAGCGUCGUUCGGAACUGUUUUCGUUGCAACCGGUUUAAUCCCGUUCCUAUACAACAAACAAUAGGACAAUUGCCGGCUUCCCGUGUCAUUCCUAGUAUGCCAUUCAACGUAACUGGAAUAGAUUACGCUGGUCCCGUCUAUCUCAACCCUGUACACCGACGCGCGCCAGCCGAAAAGGCAUACUUCUGUGUAUUUGUACGCUUUGCUACUAAGGCCGUUCAUAUUGAGUUGGCAAGUGACUUAUCGACUCAGGCCUUUCUGUGUGCCUUCCGCCGUUUCAUUGCCCGACGAGGACGACCAGCUCACGUCCAUUCGGAUAACGGGAAAAAUUUUGAGGGAGCUAAAAAUGAAAUGGCAAGACUUUUUAACAUGCUGGAAAGUCCCAUCGAACAAGAAAAAAUCGGUGCGUUUUGCAUCAAAGAAGGAAUAACCUGGCACCUUACCCCACCGAAAGCUCCGCAUUUUGGUGGAUUAUGGGAGGCGGCGGUAAAAACAGCAAAACGACAUCUAUUUCGACAGCUUGGCGCUUCGAGACUGUCAUUCGAAGAUAUGAGUACAAUUUUAGCACAGAUAGAAGCGCAAAUGAAUUCAAGACCUUUGCUGCCGCUCUCCGAAGACCCCAACGACUUGUUGGCCUUAACACCAGGCCACUUUCUCGUCGGUACUUCAAUGAACGCCCUGCCCGACCCAGAUGUUAGCCAUGUUCCGAUCAAUCGCUUGGACCAUUAUCAUAAGCUGCAAAUGUAUACGCAAAAAUUUUGGGAGCACUGGAAGCGAGAAUACCUGCAGGAACUUCAAAGAGACACUAAGCAUCGUAGCCUCCCAGAAAAAAUUCAACCGGGCCAAAUGGUAAUCGUGGUAGACGAGUUGCAGGCACCAAUACGGUGGCCACUCGCCCGAAUCGUCGAUGUUCAUCCAGGAAAGGAUAAUAUAACCCGUGUAGUUUCACUGCGAACGUCAAAAGGAAUCAUAAUGCGUCCAACAACCAAAAUCUGCCUGUUGCCGUACGCCGCAUCAUCACAUCAACAGGAAUCAACGCUUUCGGCGGCCACCAACCAACAACUGGCCGAUUAG